AUGGUGGACGUCGAGAUGAAGGAUUCCAGUGCAUCCUCUUCCAAGGGAAAGGCUGUUGCAAAGAGCUCCGAUGGUGCUGCUGAUGGCAAGAAGAAGUUCGAAGUGAAGAAGUGGAACGCUGUUGCUCUCUGGGCUUGGGAUAUUGUUGUCGACAACUGUGCUAUUUGCCGAAACCACAUCAUGGAUCUGUGCAUCGAAUGUCAAGCAAACCAGGGAUCAUCUACAACAGAAGAGUGUACUGUCGCGUGGGGUAUCUGUAACCACGCGUUCCACUUCCACUGUAUCUCGAGAUGGUUGAAGACCCGUCAAGUGUGCCCACUGGAUAACCGUGACUGGGAGUUCCAGAAGUAUGGACGUUAA